AUGAGAAAACAGUCUAGAUUAGAUUUCAUGGAUGCGUUCUCAUCUGAUUUUGAUAGCGAUGAUGGUAAUGAGUUUCCAAUAAUUCAUCGCUACAAUGCAAAAGAAGAAACAAACGAAACUGAAUCAAAAAGUCAAAUAUUGUCUCUAAAGAAAUCAAAGAAGAAGAACCAUCAAACAAAAUGUGGAGAAUGUGGACUAAACUGCACUAGAUAUGGUUUCCGAAUUAUGAAUUUAAUUUUCGUCUUGUUUGUGUUUCAAACAUUCUUUGGAAUUUUGGCUUCUUUCGUUUUGCUCUUCUCAAGUGGAUCUGAGAUUUACAAAAGCACAAGUGGAUAUGAAAGAUGGGAAACUACGUACAGAUUGAGAAUGAGAGUUGUGAAAAUUCACAAUUCUGCUAGAAAUCUGGUUGACUUGAUGUUUUACAAUUUAUUUAUUGGGAAAAUGAUGGAAUUGGACAAACAAAUUGAAUGGAUGCGAGUAAUAAGAGCCACUGACAGAAUGCUUACCAGUACUCAACUAGUUUCCAUUCAAUUUGUAAGAUUUGACGAUUAUUACUUGAUAUUUAAAAAUCAUAAUUUGUUCGAAACUGGAAAGUUUCCAAAUAAUUCUUCAGAAGAGGAGCAUAUUCGUUUAACGUAUAGAAUAAGAGAUACGAAUUCACACCUGUUGUCAUAUGAUGAUUUAGAUUUGGUUGACAGCAAGGCAGAAAACCAGUCAAUUAAUUCAUCACCAACCGAUUGUGAUUGGUACAGAGAGAUUAGGCAGUCGAAGAAGGUAGCUGGACCAUGUUGGACAAGUGCUUCCUUGAACGAGGAGGGUUUAUAUUCAGUUUUUUUUGUCUAUCCCAUAUAUAGUCAUAUUCCAGUAAGAAAUUAUACAUUGUCAGGAGGUAAUUCCACUCUUCAUGCCAUUCAAGUUGAGGAAUUAGAGCGUAUGAAGGGUGCACAUAAUGAUUAUUUAUUUGGAAUAGUUGCUUUGGAAUUCAAAAUUCAAAAUGUCAAUGUUGCGAACUCAUCCACAGCUCUUCUAUACAGUUCAUUCAUUAUCAAUGGAACUGGAGGUAUUUUUGCAAGAAGCAGUGAGAACGAUCCAUCUAUUGAUGAUAUUUCUGAAGAAAUUCAUCGCUCUGAUUUAAACAACUUGAAUCUGAAUGCAAACGAAUCUCACAUAUUUCAUUAUAAGGGGAAAAUUGUAGAAGUUUCAACAGUGAGGGAUACCUACAAUCUGACAUGCACUGUGGUCACGACGAGUUUGGAGAAGACAUAUUUCUCCGAGGUCAUUUCUUCUGGUGUUGUUUCUGUAAUUUUAUUUAUCAUUUUUUUUGUAUUAGAAACCUUAAUUGUUUUAUGCGUUGUUCAAUCAAUUAAUCAACCACUGAUAGACAUUACCAAGCAAAUGAAUCAUCUCAUUUCAUUCAAAGGUUUAGAAACUCCAUACAAGAAACAUGUUACAAUUUUCAGUGAAAUCAAGGAAAUGGACGAAAAUAUUCAAAUCACCCAAAGAGGAAUAUUUGCAUUCAGCAAGUAUGUUCCACACAUUAUUGCCAAGAUGAUUGUUUCAAAUAAGCAAGAGUACGGUAAAAUUGGUAUGAAAUUAGAACCGAGCAUGACAGUUCUGUAUUGUGGUAUCAAUAAUUUUGCAACACUUUCUGAAAAGACCGAAACUACAGCAUUUAUUCGAAUCAUUACAGAAUAUUAUAGCUCCAUAUCACAGGUCAUUGAGGCCCAUUGUGGAAUUAUUGAUAAAUUCAUUGAGGGUACUGUAAUGGUAUUUUGGAAUGAAAAAUCAUUCAGAUGUGCAAAUCAUGAAUCAAGAGCUUGUAAAACUGCCAUUGAAUGCAUGGAAGUAAUUGAGGAUUUGAACUCUAAAUGGAAGAUUCUAAUGGGUAUUCAAUUGGAUAUUUCUAUUGGAAUUACAUGUGGUGAAAUGCUUGUUGGUUGUUUGGGCAGUAAGAGCAGAAUGUCAUUUACAGUAAUUGGUGACGAGUGUAACAUUGCAUUAAGAUUACAAUCACUCGCUCAAAACUUUGGUUCCAUCCUUGUGAGUGGUGAGAUUGUUGAUAAGGUGAGGGAGGAAUUUAUCUUUCACUUUGUUGAUCUACUCAAAUUGAGAGGAAAGAGUAAUUCAACUUGCAUUUACAAUUUAGUAGCAUUCAGGAAUGAGGCCUCUGAAUAUGAGAAGAAGAUGGAAAAGGAUUUGUUGCUGAAAGAGAAACUUGUGGUUGAUCAAUAA